UUUCCACAUUCGCUAGUUGGUAAACGGUGGCCGAAGAGUAAGGACCUAACGUGCUGAGCUUUGGGACUACUAUAUCCGCUCUUAGUUGUUGUACCCUAUCCUGUGUAAGCUGUUUUAACCUUGACAAGGAUGCGUCUGUAAUGGAGUCUCAGUGAACAUUCAAUUCGUCGUAGGAAAAUACUGAAGAGCUACCUGUGAAUUUUACUGUUUUAUUUGGGAAAAGAAAGCACUUCAUCUCAAAUACCCCAAAGGCAACCAAGAGGACACGAGGGGUACAUUGAAGUGCUCCAGAGGAACCAGAAAGAAGAGAGAGUAAGGAAGCAGGAUGUCUGGGCUAGACAACCCAGGAUUCAUGAAGGAUGGGAACGAGAAAAACGACGUAGUGGUGCCAGUGGGUAAUGGGCUGGACAAACCGGUUUCCCUGGAAAACAAAAACGACAAACCCAACGACUACUCCAUGAGGGUGGUGGUGGGGGCGGAGACCCAGUACCCCCCAGGAGACAACUACGGCAACUUCUACCCGGGCCACAACGAUGAAGUUGACACCAGACAGCCGCCAGCAGAGGAAGACGACGAGGACAACAACAUCCUCACGUUCCUCCCAUGUUACCAUGAUAUGAAGAAGAGGAUGAACUCCGUCAAUCAGGAUGGUAAGGUCAAGGUGUGGGUGCGGCGGCUAGUGGUGUCUGUCUUGGCUACUCUCUACGUCGCCUACUUCAUUGCCGUCCUCUCCAUCCACACCAAAAUACAAGAGGAGGAUUACUGGUGUAGGGGGGAUGGCUUCCUCAUCAUCUUGACAGGCAUCGUGGGUCUGGGUCUUCUGUACUUCCAGGUGGUGAAGCCGCUGUGGGGAGCCAUCCUGUACAAGAAUUUUAUUAAGAAGCUUGUGGUGCUGGGUGGCCAAUUCUGGCAGCACAGGUGGGUGCGACUGCUGGUAUACCUAUGUCUGGUGGGUGCAGUGGUAAUCUUCUUGUUAGUGGAUGCCAAGGAGGAACCUCACCGCCUCAUCUCCGUUUUCGGUAUCGCCGUCCUCCUCCUCUUUGGGUUCCUCUUCUCCGCUGCUCCACGCAAGAUAAGGUGGCGCCACGUAGCUUGGGGUAUGGGUCUGCAGUUUUUAUUGGGACUGGUUAUCCUGCGGUGGCCUUUGGGUCAGGCAGUGUUUCAGUGUGCUGGUGACAAAGUCUCUACCUUCCUUGCUUUCACUGAUGCUGGGUCAGGUUUCGUGUUUGGGGCCUUGGUAUCGGAGCAACACAUCUUUGCUUUCCAGGUGUUGUCAGUGAUAUUGUUCUUCAGCUUCUGCAUCCAGAUCCUUUACUACUUCGGGGUGAUGCAGUGGGUGGUGCUCAAGCUGGGCUGGUUCCUGCAGGUUACUGUUGGCACCACUGCUUGUGAGAGUGUCAAUGCUGCUGCCAAUAUCUUCCUUGGUCAGACUGAGGCACCACUGCUGAUCAAACCAUUCAUCCCUGACAUGACCAAGUCAGAGCUUCACGCCGUCAUGACUGGAGGUUUUGCCACCAUUGCUGGCUCGGUUCUCGCUGCCUACAUCUCCUUUGGAGUCGACCCUGCACAUUUGUUGUCCGCCUCCGUUAUGAGUGCUCCAGCAGCUCUUGCUUUUGCCAAGCUCUUCUACCCAGAAACAAAACAAUCCAGAACUGGUGUUAAGGAUAUCAAGAUAGAAAAGGGAGAUGAAGCCAAUUGUCUGCAUGCUGCCAUGGUUGGAGUGACCAAUGCCAUCCCCUUGGUGGCCAACAUUGCCGCCAAUCUUAUCGCUUUUUAUGCCUUCAUCGCCCUCUUAAGCAGCAUCUUUGACUGGUCAUGCACCCUGGCUGGUGCUGAGGCUGGAUUCUGCUCCCUUCAGGGACUGUUUGGUUGGAUCUUCAUGCCACUAGCCUGGGUGAUGGGAGUGGACUGGUCUGAAUGUGACAAGGUUGGAGAACUCAUAGGCAUCAAGACCAUCGUUAAUGAGUUUGUUGCUUAUGCCAGACUUGCCGAGAUGAAGAAUGCUGGAGAUUUGUCGGUACGAGCCGAGGUGAUCGCCACGUAUGCACUGUGUGGGUUUAGCAACAUCAGUUCUAUCGGCAUCAACCUGGGCGGGUUUGGUGCUAUGGCCCCAGGGCGUAAGGCUGAUUUAGCCAAGGUGGUGGUGAGGGCCAUGAUUGCUGGCAGCUGCGCCUGUUUCCUUACCGCUUGUAUUGCUGGUACGUUGCUAAAUGAGAUAGACAACAGUAGCAGCAGUUCUGUUACCAACGUCACAGAGCUUAGUACCCUUAGUACUUGAACACCUCCACCUACCCCAAGGGAUGUUUCCCAAGGCCUCAACUUACCUAUACAAUCCUUGUGUAAUGUUUGUUGUUAAUCAUGUGUUUAAGCUGAAAAGUGGCUGCACUCGUGGUAUUUCUUUGAUAGACAUAAGAUAUAUGUUAAUAUAUUCACUUAGUGAUAUAAGAGAUUUAGACAAAUGUUAAAAGCCAUACUUUUCUACAUAUACAUAAAUGUGACAACAUGUUACUUUAGAGUAGGGUAUUGUAUGUUGGUAUCCCCACUACAAGUAUGAAGUAUCUAAUGAACUUGGAUUAACCUGAGAUAUGUACUCCGUUUGUCACUGGUAUUGGACUGCCGUUCAUUGGUGCCUGAAAACUUG